AUGUUAGGGGAAUGUCCAUCCAAGGAAAGACAGGCGAUGCGCGGCGUCGGCAUCUCCACAGUCGGGAUUCGGGAAUAUGUAUGUGCCCCCAUAUUUUCGCCGUUCGUGAUGACUGCUAUUGCUGAUCAAGAUUAUGAUUCCAGUACGCUUGUGAGGGCCACGGGGUCGUGGCUAGAUAUCGGGACCUCAAUAUCGCACUACGUGAUUUCCUUGUCUUUAACUUUGUUUUUGCUUGUGUUGCAUCAAGGUUGCAUGCGACUGACAGGCUUUUGGGAGUUGAAACAACACGCUGCAUGA